AUGAACUUCCUGCGUCGCCGGCUAUCUGACAGCAGCUUUAUAGCUAAUCUUCCUAACGGCUACAUGACAGACCUCCAGAGAUCUGACCCUCCACCGCCUCCCCCCUCUACAGCCACCCCAGGAGUCCCAGCCACAUCCUCAGGACAAGCUCCAGCCCCAGCCCCCAACGCCUCCCCAGCUCCAGAGUGUCGGCCCCAGGCUGCCCCGGCCCCCUCCUCAGGCUCUGGGUUCUUCAGCUCCCUGACCUCCCUGAGUUCCAUCACCAAUGUGGUGAAACAGACAGCAGCUUCAGCUGGCUUGGUGGAUCAGAACCCAGCACCCGGGCCUGGUCCUGUCUCCAUGAGAUUUAAGAUCCUGCUGAUUAUCGACGAGCCGCAGCAUGAGUGGUGA